CUUGCUGGUGUUAGAAGGGAUGGCGAUAACAGGAUUGUUCCUAUAGCUUGGGCAGUUGUAGAGAUAGAAAACGAUGAUAAUUGGGACUGGUUUAUGAGACACCUCUCUGCUAGCUUGGGACUCUGUGAAAUGCAACAUCUAGCUAUCAUCUCAGAUAAACAGUCGGGUCUAGUCAAAGCUAUCCAUACCAUACUCCCAGAAGCUGAGCAUCGACAAUGUUCAAAGCAUAUAAUGGACAAUUGGAAGAGGGACAACCAUGAUAUAGAACUAACACGUCUCUUUUGGAAGAUUGCCCGCAGUUACACCACAGAAGAGUUCAACAAUCAAAUGGAAGAGCUUAGGAAGUACAAUCCUCAAGCUCAUGCAAGUCUUCAGCUUACUAGUCCAAUGACAUGGUCAAGAGCCUUCUUUAGAAUAGGGACAUGCUGCAAUGACAACCUCAAUAAUCUCAGUGAGUCUUUUAAUAGGACUAUUAGAUAG